ACGGUCACAUAAUCUCUUCCAAAUACAAAUAAUUCCCUCUUUCAACCUCACUCUUCAUUUCUUCAACCCAAACCCAAAAAACUAAUCAGAUUCUUCUUAAAUCUUGAAACCUUUCUCCCAAAAGCACUUAAAUAAAAAAGCACUUAACCAUGAAUAACACAAACAACAACAACAUUCUUCUUCAUUCCACACAGGUUCAAGUGUGGAACAACGCAGCAUUCGAUGGUGAAGAUUUCGCCAUGAAUUCAUCUUCUGAUUCCAUCAAAGAGAAUCUAAACCCAUCCGCAUUCAACAUUGUUCCUUCUUCAAACAAAAGAACUAUUGAUGAUGAAAUUGCGGAAAUUGAAAGUGAAAUUAAGCGAUUAACUUCGAAGCUGGAAUUGCUUCGUGUUGAAAAAGCUGAAAGAAAAAUCGCUUCUGAAAAGCGUGUUAGUGGAAUUGGUACUGGAAGAAUAGUAGCAGCGAAGUUUAUGGAACCGAAGAAAAACGUUACACCGAAACGAAACGGUGUCGUUUUCAAGGAGGAGACACCGAAACGAAACGGUGUCGUUUCGGAUACGCCGAAAUCUAGGGUUAAUUGGAGAAGAGGGAUGAGUUUAGGUCCGAUGGAGAUUGCCGGGAAAGUGAUGGCACCGCCGGCGAUGACGAUUACUCCGGCGACGGUGAAUCGGAGGAAGUCUUGUUUCUGGAAACCGCAGGAAAGUUGUGAAGUAAUGCCGUCGGGGAUUACUCCGGCGACGGUGAAUAGGAGGAAAUCUUGUUUUUUGAAACCUCAAGAAAGUUGUGAAGAAAAUCGAAGAAAAACGAUUUGCAAACCGAAUUUGAAUUUGAAUUCAAAUUCAGUUAAUUCUGCGGUUGGAUCGAUUAAGCGUGUGAAGAAGAAAGAUGAAGAAAUUGCUCAGGUUCAACCGAAGAAGCUGUUUGAAGGUGAAAAAUCAGUGAAGAAAUCGUUGAAACAAGGUAGAAUUGUUGCAAGCCGGUAUAAUUCCGGUGGUGGUGGUGGUGAUGCGAGGAAAAGAUCGUUUUCGGAGAAUAAUAAGGGUUUAGGGAGUGAAAUCAGGGCUAAGAAGAGAUGGGAGAUACCAAUUGAAGAAGUGGAUGUGAGUGGUUUUGUUAUGUUACCGAAGAUUUCGACAAUGAGGUUUGUUGAUGAGAGUCCUAGAGAUUCUGGUGCUGUUAAAAGAGUUGCUGAAUUGAAUGGAAAAAGAUCUUACUUUUGUGAUGAAGAUGAGGAGGAGAGAGUGAUGGUGGAGGAAGAAGGUGGUUCUGUUUGUCAGGUUUUGAAUUUUGCUGAAGAUGAUGAUGAUGAUGAUGAUUAUGGUGAACAAGGGUAAUUGUGGAAAUUGGAAUUGAUUUGUUUUUGUGGGGUUGUGUGGAACUGGCUAUGUUCUGCUUGAUUCUUUUGCAUUUUGGUGUGAAACUAAAGAUGAGGUGAAAAGUUUAUGCUUGUUAAAUUGGAUUGGUUUAUAUGUUUUGAAAUAAUAACAACAAGCAUGUGUCUUGCUUAAUAAUUGUAUAUUGUUUUGUUUGUUUUAUAAUGAUAUGGAUUUAAUUUGUAUACACAAUAUAAUAUAGUAUGCAUUGAGAGAGUUUUUCGUUCAGUA